AUGGAUAGAAUUAGAGAGGCUGGAGAGCAGGGGGGAGUUGCUGGUGGAGGAGUGGGGACUCACCAACCAGCCAACCCUACGCUACCUACUUCUUCUACACCAUCUCCUACUACCGUGGAUCCUGUGAAGGCGUUCUCUAUUGAGAAAUUCAUGGGGGAGGACUACGAGCACUGGAGUUUCCGCAUGAGGCGGAUGUAUACCCAAUACAAGCUAUUGGAUUUGGUGGAGGGGAAGGAGAACAUGCCGGAGGCCGCGGAGCUGAAAGGAGCGUGGAUGAAGCGAUCGUUCGACGCUCGUGGUCUGCCCUUGGGAUCAACCUCAACUCCCAACAACCCCAAUGGAGCGUGGAUUACAUUCGUCCUAGAGGAGGACUUGCGGCGGCGGAGUGUGGAGCGCUCGGAGGAGGGGGCUGGCUAUGGAGUUGGAGGUGGAGAAAGUGGCUUCAAGAAGAAGUGGAAGGGCAAGAACAAGGACAACCCUAAGGAGGAUGGCGGCGAGGGUCAAGGGGAGGUGUGCUUCUACUGCAAGAAGCGCGGACAUCGUCGGCGGAAAUACUACGAACGACCAAAGGAUUGGACCCCGCCUUCAUUGAGCAACCAGCAUGGUGGCACGAGGAGUGGGGGAGUCAUGGGAGCUAGUGGAGAGGAGAAGGAUGAGGAGAAAGGCGGCAAAUCUGAGGAGCGGAAGGCCGGGUUCUUCUUCGUGAACGAAGGCGCAACCGACCACGCUAUGGCUGCCAAGCUGCACCUUGAGGAUCUCCCUGGGUCAGAGCUGACCAGUGACCACAGUGGCGGUGGUGAGCAGCAAGGCGCUGGUCCUGCUGCGGAGGAGGGGUUGGAGGAUGAGUCGGCACGUGUGGACUCACCAUCUCAGCCCGAGCCUGCUGCAAACGCCAAGGUCACCAAGAGGAGUGUGCAGAGAGGAGCUUCACCACAUGGGCAGCAGAUUGCAACCCGCGAGAAAAGAUUGGCAGCAGCACCCUCAAGGCUGAAUCCGUUAGUCUGA